GCCGCCACUCUGUUAUUUCUUCCGAAUAAAAAGCUGCGGGCAGACGGAGUUUGGAAUUGGGGAGGAUAAUUAAAAUUCCAAAUUACUAUGGCAACUUCUGUCGAUAAAGAGGCGUUAAGGGAUGCUUACCAGGACGUGAGAGCUGAUACUUCGGAAACAAAUUGGGCUCUGUUUCGGUAUAAAGGUUCCGAAAUAAUACACGACAAUUCUGGUGAAAGCUUAGAUGAACUUAGGCAAAGUCUUUCAGAUCACGAACGAGCCUUUGUGUUUGUGAGGGUGUUUGCAGGAGACGAAAUGAGCAAACGAAAAAAAUUUGUCCUCCUUACGUGGGUGAGUCCGGAAGUCAGUGCCCUCAAACGUGGUAGAGUGUCCAUCGACAAAGCCCUAGUCAAACAAGUCGUACAGAAUUUUGCCGUGGAGCUUCAACUUGAAUCACCUGAGGAGUUGACAGAAGAUUUUCUCAGGGCUCAUGUAGAUAAAGUUGGUGGUGCAAAUUAUGGAACUGGUACUCGAAGUUAAGGCUGGACCUUAUUUUGUAUUUAAAAACAUAAGUCUUGUCAUAAUUGUGUAACUUUUUUUACCAUGCGUGUUUAUAUGAUAUGCCAUUAGAAUGUUAAGCUCUCUGAAUAAAGUUGUUUAUACUAUA